AUGCACGGAGAUGGUCAUGAGCAGAUCUACCACCUUCACGAGAAGUAUGGUCCUCUGAUCAGGAUUCAGCCGAAUGAGGUUGCAAUCAAUGAUAUCGAGCAUUAUCUCGAAUCCAUAUACACUCAAAACACCAAGUUCACCAAGGCCCCUUCCUACUACAAUGCGUUCGACUUUCCCCGUAGCAAUGUUUUCUCCGAAACCAGCAGGGAGGUCCACUCCCAAGAGAAGCGCCUCAUGUCACACGCUUUCUCCCGGAAAAAUGUCGUUGGCAUGCAAGACACUUUCUAUGAUAGUGUAGAACGAUGGGUCGCCCAAAUCAAGGCGUCUAUUUCGAAAGGGAACCCCAUUCCGUUGUGGCACGAUACGCAAUGUCUCAAGCUUGAAACAGCUUCGAGGUUCAGCUACGGUUCCUCAGAUGGUGCUCUCAAAACCGAUAACUUCGCCCACCCCAUAUUCUUGGGAAUCGAAGGAUUUGCACCAUCCGUUGUUGUUUUUCAGCAUUUCCCAAUAGUUCGCCAUAUCGCGAUGCUAGCACAACGGCUCAUGCCUUCCGGUCUCCCCGAUAUCAACAAGGGAGCUGCGGAAGGGCUGGUGAGGCUGCGAGAGAGAAAGUUAAGUGGUGAGACAGCAGGCAUGAUCAUAUUCGAUAGUAUGAUGGGAAAAGCUCAGUCAAAAGGCAUAAAUCUGGACCCCGACAGAUUGGUUUCAAAUGGUGGGCUUAUGUUAAUUGCUGGUGAAGUGCUCCUAAAUGCUAUGCACCAUGUUAAUGAAGGAGAAGCUAACAAGAAGAGAAUCGAGUAG